CCGCCGGGGGGAGAGCAGCAGAGGGAGCAGAGACCGUGAGAGUCUGCAACCAGUAAGAGACCAGCAGCUGGACGAAAGCACGAUGUUCUCCCAGCUCUGUCCUGACGCCCUCUGGGUCCUGCUGCUCAGCCUCCUCUGCAUCCCUGCAGCAUACACAGCAAAAUGUCCACAGCAGUGCGUCUGUGACCAGAUCCAGCUCACUGUGACCUGCGUCAACAAGAACCUGACUCAAAUUCCUCCUAUUGACGAGAUCACAGUGAAAUUAGAUCUACGAGGCAACAACAUCCAGGAACUUCCCACUGGGGCUUUCAAAAACACUCCCUACCUGACUCACCUGUCGCUGCAGCGCUGUAACAUCCGCAGGGUGAAGGAGGGGGCCUUCCGCGGCCUCGGCCGCCUGGUCUUCCUCAACCUGGCCAAUAACAACAUUGACGUGCUCUACCAGGAGUCAUUUGACGGCCUGUCCUCGCUGAAGCAGCUCAUGAUCGACCGUAAUCGCGUGGAAGAGAUCCAGCCGGGAGCGUUCUCUCAGCUCGGCUUCCUCAACCUGCUCUCCCUUACACACAACCAACUGGUCUACAUCCCCAACAUGGCCUUCCAGGGCUUGCAGAACAUCAAAUGGCUUCGUCUUAGUCACAACUCCCUAAACUACCUGGACACCGAGGCCUUCGCCAGUCUGUACACGCUCACCCGUCUCAGUCUGGACCACAACGAGCUGCAGUUCUUCCCCACUGAGACCAUGACCAGACUGCCAGAGGUGACCCGUCUUGAACUGAGCUACAACCCGAUGACUUACCUCGGAGAGGAGGUGGUGUCCAUGGCCAAACUGACCCACCUCUUCCUGGACCACAUGUCCCUGCAAGACAUGGACAACACAGCUGUAUCGAAAUCCCACAACCUCAUCCACCUGGACAUCAGCCACAACCAGCUGCGCGUAAUCCAGCCCUUCUCUGAAGGUUCACCCCAGCUGGCACGCCUCAACCUGGCAGGGAACCCCAUCUACUGCAACUGCUACCUGCGUCCACUCAGGGAGUGGUCAAUCCGGAACAAGGUGAAGCUAAUUGGGACAUGUGGAGGACCGGCCCAUCUGUCAGGAGAGAACCUGGAGGCUGUUUACCCCGCAGAGCUGCGCUGUCAGAGCCAGGAGGCCAUGCUGAAGGCCGAGUUCGAGGAGGCAAGCAGGGUCACUCCACCACCCACGCAAGAGCCAGAGAACAAAGUCAAGUGUCCUGCCAACUGUGUCUGCGAGGCUGAGACACACCACUCCUCGUGUGAGAACCGUGCUCACACCAAAGUUCCUCGGGGUUUUUCUCCCAACACGCGUCUCCUCGACCUGCGUGGGAACCACUUCCACUACAUCCCUAGCAACAGCUUCCCUGGCGUUGCCCAGGUCGUGUCCUUACAUCUGCAGCGCUGCAAGAUUGUGGAGGUGGAGGGUGGGGCUUUCAGUGGAAUGAAGGGACUGAUCUACCUGUACCUGUCGGAGAACGACCUCACCUCCCUCAGCCCAGACGCCUUUAAAGGCCUGCCUCAGCUGACUUACCUUCACUUGGAGAAGAACCGCUUCAGCAGUUUCCCAAAAGGAGCCUUCAAACUGGUGCCCAGCCUGCUGGCGCUUCACUUGGAGAACAACUCCAUCCCCAAGCUGGAGCCAGACAUCUUGACCGGGGCGGAAAGCCUCAGAGCCCUCUAUCUCACCGGGAACGCCAUUGAUCAUGUAUCACCCAGAGCCCUGGACCAGGCCAGUGACCUCGAUACGCUCCACCUGGGAGGAAACAAGCUGAAGGAGGUGCCCGCUGAAGCGCUGAGCAGGGCGGGAAACCUCAGAGACCUGAGGCUGUCUGGGAAUUCAAUUCGCUGGGUGGGGCCAAAUGUGUUCCGACCAUUGGCGAGGUCACUGAAGGAGCUGUAUCUGGAUAACAUGGGACUGGAGAAGAUGUCACAAAACUCCCUGGCAGGUCUGGGUCCUGGGUUGAGGAGUCUCUUCCUGGAGGGCAACCAGCUGGAAGAGGUGCCCGACCUCCACCCCCUCACUUCUUUGGAGGUCAUUAACCUUGCCGACAACCCUCUGAUGUGUGACUGCCCUCUGCUGCCACUACGCAUGUGGAUUGAGAAAGUCAAUCUCAAGGUACGAGCCACCUGUGCCAAUCCCCCUGAGCUAACUGGCCGCAGGGUAAAGGAUGUCCACGUCUUCAAGGCCUGUCCCGGGGGCGAAAGCCUACCCUCCCCCCCUACAGCCAACCCAAAGCCAGCCAAGGCGCCCAAGGCAACCAAACCCAAACCGAUGCAUCUUAACGGGCUUCGGCAUGUCAAAAUGAUGAAAGCCAAGCCCAAACUUCGCAAAAGGCCAAACACAAAACCGGCAGCAGUCAAGAAAACCACCAAGAGACGCAGUAUGGCCUGAACCUCCUCCCGUUAGUAAUCAUGUUCUUAGACAACCUCCUUGAGGUCAACCAUGGACUCAACUCUCAAACUGUAACCUUCUGGGGCUGCUUCACAUCUCCUGCCAGUCGGUUUUCCCAUCAGCCAUUUUGUUUGCAGUGUUUCAUCAUUUCUGUUCAAUCAGUAGAGUUGAAUAAGGUCAAAGAUGUUUUAAAUCCAGGGAACCUAUGGCGUUUUUUCAUUAAUGGUACCUGCUCGACUCCCCUCGCCCAAGGUGCGCCCUCCUCCAUUUUCCAUAGCAGAUUAGCACCGCCUC